UUGUUUGCUACGUUGUCAGCCUAUGUUGUGCGGGGCGCUGUUCACUGUGGCAACAGUACGUAGCAGAGUGAACCAGUCUGAGGAUAUCAGUCUGUAGUUCUCAUAGGGUGCUAUGGCGACCUUCCCGGAGUUUAUUGCCCAGAAUGAGGAGCGUGAUGGGGUGCGUUUCAGCUGGAACGUCUGGCCCUCUAGUCGUCUGGAGGCCACCCGCAUGGUGGUCCCCGUGGCCUCAUUGUUCACCCCCCUGAAGGAGCGCCCAGACUUGCCCCCCAUCCAGUAUGAGCCUGUGCUGUGUAGCAGGGCGACCUGCCGCGCUGUCCUCAACCCGCUCUGCCAAGUGGAUUACGGAGCCAAACUGUGGGCUUGCAACUUCUGCUAUCAGAGAAAUCAGUUUCCACCUACCUAUGCUGGGAUAUCAGAGGUCAACCAGCCAGCUGAGCUGCUGCCACAGUUCUCCACCAUUGAAUAUGUUGUCCAGAGAGGUCCCCAGAUGCCUCUGGUCUUCCUGUACGUGGUGGACACCUGCAUGGAGGAUGAAGACCUGCAGGCCCUGAAGGAGUCCUUACAGAUGUCCCUGUCCUUGCUGCCUCCUGCGGCCCUGGUGGGCCUCAUCACCUUCGGACGCAUGAUCCAAGUCCAUGAGCUGGGCUGCGAUGGCAUCUCCAAGAGCUACGUCUUCAGAGGAACCAAAGACCUUAACGCCAAGCAGCUGCAGGAGAUGCUGGGCUUGACCAAACCCACUGCUGCACAGGCAGGACGGGGACCACAAGCUCCACAGCCCCCCCUCUCCAACAGAUUCCUACAGCCUGUCCAGAAGAUUGACAUGAACCUGACAGACCUGCUUGGAGAGCUCCAGAGGGAUCCCUGGCCUGUCACUCAGGGCAAACGGCCCCUCCGCUCGUUAGGGUCGGCCAUGUCCAUCGCUGUUGGCUUGCUGGAGUGCACCUUCCCUAACACUGGGGCACGCAUCAUGACCUUCAUCGGUGGACCAGCCACUCAGGGCCCAGGCAUGGUGGUAGGAGAUGAGCUAAAGACCCCUAUUCGAUCCUGGCACGACAUUGAGAAGGACAACGCCAAGUUCAUGAAAAAGGGGACCAAACAUUACGAGGCAUUGGCGAGCCGUGCCUCCACCAACGGCCACAUCAUAGACAUCUAUGCCUGCGCUCUGGACCAGACCGGACUGCUGGAGAUGAAGUGUUGUUCCAAUCACACUGGAGGCUACAUGGUGAUGGCAGACUCUUUCAACACCUCCCUAUUCAAACAAACCUUCCAGAGGGUCUUCACCAAAGAUGUGGCUGGAGCCUUCAAGAUGGCCUUCGCUGGCACCCUGGAGAUAAAGACGUCUCGAGAGAUCAAGAUUUCAGGAGCCAUCGGGCCAUGUGUGUCAUUAAAUGCCAAAGGACCGUGUGUGUCUGAAAAUGAAAUUGGAACAGGGGGCACCUCUCAAUGGAAGAUAUGUGGUCUUGACCAUAACACCACUCUGGCAGUGUACUUUGAGGUGGUCAAUCAGCAUAAUGCACCUAUACCCCAGGGGGGCCGCGGGGGGGUCCAGUACGUCACCCAGUACCAACACUCCAGUGGACAGAAACGCAUCCGAGUCACCACCACCGCCAGAAACUGGGCAGAUGCAGGGACCCAGAUCCAGAGCAUUGCAGCAUCAUUUGACCAGGAGGCCUCAGCCAUCCUGAUGGCCAGACUGGCUGUGUACCGUGCUGAGACCGAGGAGGGCCCCGACGUGCUGCGCUGGCUGGACAGACAGCUCAUCCGACUGUGUCAGAAGUUUGGAGAUUAUAAUAAGGAUGAUCCCAACUCCUUCCGCUUCUCAGAAACCUUUUCUCUCUAUCCCCAGUUUAUGUUCCACCUGAGAAGGUCUCCCUUCCUGCAAGUGUUCAACAACAGUCCAGAUGAGAGCUCUUACUACAGACACCAGUUCAUGCGUCAGGACCUGACCCAGUCUCUGAUCAUGAUACAACCCAUUCUCUAUGCCUACUCCUUCAACGGGCCCCCAGAGCCUGUGUUGCUGGACAGUAGCAGUAUCCUUCCUGAUCGCAUCCUUCUCAUGGACACCUUCUUCCAGAUCCUCAUCUAUCAUGGAGAGACUGUGUCUCAGUGGCGUAAGGCAGGCUACCAGGAGAUGCCAGAGUACGAGAACUUCCGCCACCUGCUGCAGGCUCCAGCGGACGACGCCCAGGAGAUCCUCCACAGCCGCUUCCCUAUGCCCCGAUACAUAGACACAGAGUUUGGUGGAUCACAGGCUCGUUUCCUGCUAUCUAAAGUUAACCCAUCACAAACCCACAACAACAUGUAUGCAUGGGGCCAGGAGUCGGGAGCCCCCAUCCUGACAGAUGACGUCAGUCUACAGGUGUUCAUGGACCACCUGAAGAAGCUGGCUGUGUCCAGUGCUGCCUGACACUGAGACAGACGCCAUAGUAACCACUGAGCAUCAGCAUCACAGACCAUUGUUCCGCCUCAUCAUCCACUCAACAGCACACCUGGGUUCAGAUUGUAUUUGUUUUCUUUCAAGGACUUAAUCUGCACUUGAUUGAGCUUGUCUGGCGCAAUAAAGCCAAUGGAAUAGACCCAAAAGCAAACCCCUCCCAUCUGGCACUCGAGACAGGCUCAAUCAAACGCUUAAAGUAUUUGGAAGAAAACAAAUACUAUAUGAACCCAAGUUUGCUCAACAGUAGUCAACUCAUACUAUACAUGGGAAAGUCAACAACCAAAAGAGUCCCCUGUAGCUCAGUUGGUAGAGCAUGGCGCUUGCAACGCCAGGGUUGUGGGUUCGUUUCCCACGGGGGGCC